CUUCCUUCUUUCCACGUUUGUUCUUCCUUCUUUCCAUGUUUGUUCUUCCUUCUUUCCACGUUUGUUCUUCCUUCUCCACACACACACACACUAUCUCUCUCUCUCUCUCUCUCUGGCCUUAUCCUCUAUCCGAUUAAUCCAAGAAAGAGCCACACCCCCGGGCUUGAGCCACGGACGCUGUUCCGACCUGCCCUUGAGUGGAUGAAUCUCCCUCAUUAAACUUGCGUUCUUGAAUGGAAGCACGUAAGGAUGGGUGUAACUCAGGCUUUCGAACUCGCUAAAGAUUGCAAAGCCAUCAAGCUUGUUGAUCCACAGAAAGAAGGUCCAUGCGAUAUUGAUGGAUCUGCCGUUUCUUACAUGAAAUUCAAGACCACAGAGGGACGGUUACUGCUCAAGCAACUGAAAAAUAUGGCCAAGGAAGAUGUCUCCAUUGGAAUCCCUGGUCCUGUCCUUCGUCUUGCCCACUGGGAUCAAGAAUCAUGGUCUUUGCCGUCCCCGGUAACGACCAAGGGUCUCGCAUCGGACCUGUCUGCACUGAAUCUGUCUACGGCUCCGAACUCGUCUUUGGCUUGCAAUGCUUCUUCGAUCAACUCAACGACUAUUCAACAGGUAUCAUCGUCAUCGGGCCUGCGCUAUUCGGCACCAGCACUUUCCUCUGCUGCACUAUCGCCUCCUUCACAUCCUCCGGUGGAUGUAUAUCACGAACUGAACUCCGCUCGCGAUGUUGUUUGGCCCCUCGUAGCCAACGUCCCGAACAGGAUCUACGGCAGAUUUUACAAAAAGUCAGAAGAUUUCAUUCACUAUGAUGGUCCACCGACAACCUAGAAAACCUUUGCCCAUGAGAGACGGCAGCGGGCCACAAAAAAACAAAUCCUCAAGUUGUCCGAGUAUCUCGGAAUCGCCGAGGCACGACUGUCGCUAAUGGAGGCAAAGUCCAACUUAUCCAACAGCCAGGUCUCUCGAUUUAAAUCGUUUCUCAGCAAAGUCCUGUUUCCCUGCUGGAUUAGAACCCGUGGUGUGGAUCCCCGAGCCACAAGGGCCAUCGUCAAUGAACUACAAGAGUCUCACGGUUGGAACGCGCAUGUGUGUGCUGGUUAAUUUGACGUCUGUGUCGGCAGGAAGGCACGAGAGAACCCAGGUCUCGUAGUCGUUUCAACCGACAGUGAUCUCAUGUUCGUAGGCGCUGAACGGCUCAUCCGCUUACAUCCGAAAGGGAUACGCUUUUACUGCUACCCUAUUGAGAAUAUUAUUCGUCACUGCGGACUCAAA